UCUUUCGUCUCUUCCUAUUUCAAAACAACGACCAAUCUGGAAUGUGUACACGAUGAACGAUCUGGAUUUUUCUCACGGUAGAUUUCCAUGGUAUAGAACUUGUAGUAGACAGUAGAUACCCAGAUUACUAAACAGGUGGUCUUCCCGGUUUGAAGUCUUCACCGCAGCCAUGGACGGCAAUAAAUCGUAAAAGUCGCGGGAAAAUGCCAUUAACGUCCUGAGAGCAGAUCUCCAAACUCGCCUGUCAACAGAAGAAGGAAACGCAGUACGCCCCUGUCAAGUUCUCAGUUUUGCUCGCCUCUAACUUGUAAGAAUUAAAGAGAAACUUUGCUUUAUUUGGGGAUUCUUUCUUAUCUUCAACAUUUCCGCCAGAAAGAGCAGAUCAAGAUAUUUGGGUCUUCAGAAGUGUUUACUAGAUUUAGCUUCGUAAUUUGGUGACGGUUCCGUUCAGUGUCUGUGAAUUGUUUUUGAUCUGUAUACGUCGAAUGUGCUGAUAGAAGUUUUUUGGUCAGUGAAGGAUCUGCUAAAUCUAGCGGCAGAUUUGGCAAUGGCUUCCACCAGAUUUGAUAGUUCAAAGCAAUACUACGCCACUAGUAGUCUCGUUGUCGGAUAUGCUCUUUGUUCGAGCUUGCUCGCUGUCAUUAACAAGUACGCCAUUACCAAAUUCCCCUUCCCUGGUCUUCUGACUGCAUUGCAGUACUUGACCUCUGCUCUGGGUGUUUGGGUUCUUGGGAAAUUAGGGUUUCUCUAUCAUGACCCUUUCACAUUGGAGACUGCAAAGAAAUUCCUGCCUGCUGCCAUUGUUUUCUACCUCGCAAUCUUCACCAACACGAAUCUGCUUCAUCACGCCAAUGUCGAUACCUUCAUUGUUUUCAGAUCUUGUACGCCCCUUUUGGUUGCCAUAGCGGAUGCCGCUUUUCGGAAACAGCCCUUUCCGUCGAAGCUCACCUUCGCUUCUCUGGUGAUCAUAUUGGGUGGUGCGGUUGGGUAUGUUGCCACUGAUUCAGCUUUCACCAUCACUGCAUACUCAUGGGCAUUCGCUUAUUUGGUGACGAUUACUACUGAGAUGGUUUACAUCAAACACAUGGUUACGAAUCUUGGGUUGAACACCUGGGGUUUUGUACUGUACAACAAUCUCUUGUCUUUGAUGAUGGCACCCCUGUUCUGGGUUGUGACUGGGGAGUAUGUUGACGUGUUCUCUGCCGUGGGAACAAAUUCCAGCAAUUUGGUGGAACCUGGUGCAUUUUUUGCGGUAGCAUUGUCUUGUGUGUUUGGCUUGCUCAUCAGUUUCUUCGGGUUUGCAUCCAGGAAAGCAAUUUCUGCCACCGCAUUUACAGUUACAGGCGUGGUUAAUAAGUUCCUUACCGUGGCAAUCAAUGUGUUGAUUUGGGAUAAGCAUGCCAAUCCAUUUGGUUUGGUUUGCUUGAUUUUCACUAUUGCUGGGGGAGUUCUUUAUCAGCAGUCAGUUACUGGAGGCCCUCCCAUACAAAAUGACUCUGCAGCAUCUAAGCAGGCUGUUAGUGGGGAUGAUGAUAGCGAUUCUGGAGAUAAUACUCAAGGAAAAGGGGGAUCUGGUAAAUCUGAUGUAUAACUGAAGGGAACAAAUUUGUUCCUUUCGAAUAAUGGCCCAGAGGCUAACGGUUGUGUUUGGAGCACUAGAUGUGGUAUUAGCAGUUAAAGAUCUUGAGUUAUUGGUUGUAUGAGAAUAUCCUCACUUUGGUUAGCCUUCUGAGGUAUUCAUUUUGUAUUAUUGCUGUCCUUUUUUGGUCCUUUUGACCUCCAGGGUAGGUGAACAAUACUGGUUAUAGUUUCUGUUGAUGCUACAAUACUUUAGCAUUCUGAAAAAAAAAAAGAAAAAAGUCAGAAAAAAUGCAAAUGCUCUUGCCCUUGGUUUUAAUGCUAAUAUUCAAUUAAAUUGGCAAUGUUUCACUAA